CCAACACAUGCAAGUUGGCGUACACCAUAUUCGGCGUCAUUUUGUAAGUUUGUAGUGGCGUCGUUUUUAUUUACAAAGUGCCGGAGCCGCAAAUAAAAAAAUGAAACGGAAAGGAAGGCAAUCGACGACAAAAUCCGAGGCGGAAAAUGGCGUGUCCGUGGCGGAGGAGGAUACUAACGUGAACGAAGAGCAGCCAGAAGAGAGAAAAAGAAAGUCCGCGAAAAGGAAUAGCAAAAAUGUCAAAAACGGCGAAGAGGCAGAAGAAUCAAAUAAUGAGGCGACAGAUAAGAGAAAAUCCUCCAAAGGCAAGGGUAAAAACAAGAAUGCCAAAAAAGCACUAAUUGAAGAUGAGUCUGAUCAAGAAUCAACAGACAGGGAUGAAGAAAUUAAUGAUAAAAAAAAGUCUGCCAUAUCCAAGGGAAGAAACACCAAACCCAACUCUGACUCACAAUCAGAUGUAUCAGAUUCUGGAGAAUAUGAGGUAGAAAAAGUAUUAGAUGAGAAAAUGAUUAAAGGAGUUAAACACUUCUUGAUAAGAUGGAAGGGCUAUGAGCCUGAAAGUGACACAUGGGAACCUGAGUCUACAUUAGACUGUUCAGAAUUAAUUGCUGAAUUCAAAUCCAAUUCAAAAAAGAAAGAUAAGACAAAAUCAAAGGGUAGGGCCAAAAAGAGAACAGCUUCUGAUGCUCCAGAAGAUACAUGGAAUGAAGAUGAUGAUUUUGAGGUGGACAGAAUCCUCGAUGUGUAUUUCAGAAAAGAUGGUACAAGAGAAUUCCUAGUGUCUUGGAAAGGAUAUUCAUCAUCUCAGAACUCAUGGGAACCUGAAUCUAAUAUGGAUUGCAAAGAUCUAAUCACAAAAUUCAUGAACAAAGUGGAGAAGGCAAAACAAGCUGACUCCAAAGAGCUGAGAGUGAAUAGGAAGCACACAGAGAGAUUUACACUUUCUCCACAGUCUAAACAGAGGCGCCUCAGUAAAAGGCAAGAGGGGAAACAAAGGGUUACCUAUCAUGAUGCUGAAUAAAUAGUACAAGUAACUGAAACAUAUUAAUAAUAAAUUUUUAAAUUUAGAUAAUAACAUAAAUACUAAUUUGAAUUUCUAUUUAGUGGUUUAAGUUGUUACUUGAAUAGCAAUAGCAUUUAUUUAAAUGCUUAAACUGGUUUUUAUGUUAUAUGAAUGAGCACAACUUUUUAACCUUCUUUUUGAUUUGUUUAAUUUUCUAAAUUUAAACUUUGUUAUAUUUAUUAUUUUUUAUACAAAAAUGUUCUAUAUGUAUUUAUUAGAGACAAGAAUUAGACUAUAUUUAUGUUAUGACUUUAGAUGUGUAUUUAUUUCAAGUUCUGAUGCAAAUUGUAUUCAUUUUAUUGUGCAAAAUGAUGCAAAUGUAUUAUUUAAGAGAAUACAUUGUAAUCAAUUUAUUGAAUGUGUGAACGAAUAAAUUUUUCUUAAUUA